UAUGUGCAGUUCAAGCAGUGGGGGCAGAGUGUCUUCACAAAAUAUCAAACUUUGGCUUUCAAUUUUCUUUUAUCUUGUUGCUUCAUUCCAGCUGAGCUACUUUGGAUGAACAUGAAGCAUGUUAAGGGAUUUAGAUUCCACCCAACAGAUGAAGAAGCCAUGGAACAUCUAUGGGAAAAACAGGUACUCGACCGUGAUUCGUUUGCCCAAGUUUGUGAUUCACGCGUUCCACUCAUAACCCAAUUAGAAGACAUCUGCAAAUUCGAACCUCAAGAAUUGCCUGUCUGGUAUUUCUUUUGCACACCAAGAUACAAGUACCGUAAUAGUAAACGAAAAAACAGAGUAACCAAGAAAGGUUACUGGAAUCCAACGGGAAAACCCCGUGAAAUAGUGACAACAUUCGACGGAAAAAAGAUUUCUGGAACCAAACAGACCAUGGUUUUCUACAAAGGUCGGGUUGGUGAUAAAAACAAAAAAGAAAAUAAGACCCCAUGGCUUAUGCUUGAGCUUGAGCUCACUCUUAAUCUUCCAAACCAAAAAAGUUUAACUCUUUGUAAAUUGAAGAAAAAAGCGAGGAAGGUAGAUGUUUCAAGAGGUGAAGAAGGGCAAUCAAAUCUGUGUUUGCCUUCUAACUUAGAAAGCCACUGUACAAACAGUGCAAUCCCAGAGGGCCAGUUAAACUCGAGAGAGCCAUUAACAGGGCCAGUUUCAUUCACUGAAAACAGUGGAAUUCAAUCUGAAUUAGUCAACAAUGAACAGACUUUAGAUGAAUUUGUGGAUACACUUAUUAAGAAUGAUGAGUUCUACAGCAAUCAACCAACCUUUCCUUAUGAGAAAGAAGACUCCAUGAAGCUAAAGGCACCUAAUGACUGUGUUCCGGCUAUGAAUCAAGUUGGGAUCAGUGAUCAUGAUAAUUCAUCACGGAGUUCAGUUGUCUAUGCUAAUGAUCCAACCAACUCAAAUGAAGAUGACAAUCAACAGAAUACAUUAUUUGCUGAAGAAAAUGGAGAUGACAAUCAACAGAAUGCUUUAUUUGCUGAAGAAAAUGGAGAUGACAAUCAACAUAAUACUUUAUUUCCUGAAGAAAAUGGAGAUGACAAUCAACAGAAUGCUUUAUUUGCUGAAGAAAAUGGAGAUGACAAUCAACAUAAUACUUCAUUUCCUGAAGAGGGCUCUAGAUUGGCUUUUGAAAAUCACGUUCCAGUGGAUUCCAUUCCAACAGAAGGAUCAGAUUUUAAUGAAUUUUUCCACAAUGGGAUACAAUACUAUGAGCACCAUAUUUUAAUUAAAACCCAUUCUAAUGCUCCACUAGACCCUCUCUCAUGUCCCACGUGAAACACUUUAUUUUUGCCCAUACUUUGUUGUUACACACCAACAUUUCACCACAAUGCUACGUCUCUUGCACGUUUUUAUUAUUAUUAUUAUUUUAUUUCAAAAGCCCAUCCAGUCGCCCAUGCCUCCACAAAUUCCAAGCAAGCUCCACGCCCAUAUGCUCCAACACGACCACCAACGCCCCACUCACCUGCAAAGACAGAACACAAGAAAGUAGAGAGUUUUUUUUAUUAUUCAGUUGUAACUGGGUAUUUAACCCAAGCAAGCAGUCUGUAAAAAAAUCAUGGAAAAGAAUACACUGUAAACCAUAUUUUCAAGCAAGAACAGACU